UGUUUCAGGAAAACCAAGAAUGGAACAUUCCAAGUGGAUCAUUAUUAAUUGCUUUGUACUCUUAGAAUUGCUGUCACAAAACCCAGCGUUUGGUCAAGUAAACAUACUGAAGGACUGUAUCACAACCUGCUUGUUUGAAGACGACGGCUACUACCCGGACUGCGAGCACUGUGACCACUACAUCCGGUGUUACGCCGGCCGCACCUUCAGCAGACCGUGUGCAAAUGGAACCAAGUGGAAUAAAGAAGUAGGAGCGUGUACGCACAAAGAUAAGGACGACCCAUGUGGCGCUGAAGAUAGUGCCGAGGUAGAGAGCCCAACGUCACCGACAAGUGUAACAUCUAGAACAUCUGGGACGUCACCGACAAGUGUAACAUCUAGAACAUCUGGGACGUCACCGACAAGUGUAACAUCUAGAACAUCUGGGACGUCACUGACAAGCCUAAUAUCUAGAACCAGCCCAACGUCAUUAACAAGUGCAACAUCUGCAACCCGCCCGACGUCAUUAACAGUAUCUACUUCGAAUUUCUGCAUCCGGAAAUGUAUGGCUGAAAUGGCAGGAGUGUUUGCCAACUGUGAUGACUGCAAAGUGUUUCACAUGUGCAGCAGUGGAAUUAUUAUGAACUUUACAUGCGGUGAUGGGAAACUCUUCGACGCUAACGACAAGCGGUGCAUGAACGAGUCUCUGGCAACCUGUGGUUCUGUUGUCCAGACAAGUGUGCAAACACACUUCAAGUGCAUAAACAGUUGUGACGACAAGGAUGACGGCUUCUAUGACCACUGCAACGACUGUGACAAGUUCAUCCUGUGUUCCAACCACAACGUCACUAUUCAUUCCUGUCCGUCGGAACAGCACUUCAACCUGAAGUACUUAGCCUGCCUACCAGAAUGUGUAGGCGACGAAUGCAAUUAAACCACUCGCGUUUUAGAAGAUAAUCUCAAAACAACGUGUCGCAUAAAGAUACUUUUGCUUUUAAUUUUUACUUCACUAUGUAUUCGCUAACAUUUAAAACUACUAUCUGAAUUACUAUUUGCAAAGUAAAAAAUGUUGUUGUCCUAUUGUGUAUCAUCAUUCACAGAAAUAAAUAGGCUAU